AUGGAUUUCUUCAAUGUGAAGCAACAGUACUAUACUGGAAAUUUCAAAGAGGCACUUUCAUACCUGCAAAAAUCAGCAGAUGACAAUUCUGAAGUGGCAGAGUUUUAUAAAGCCCAAAGUCUACGAGCUAUUGGUCAAUUGAAGUCCUUCAAAAGCCAAAGCUCACUAGGUCCAGUCUUGGAAACAUACGUGGCCGGUUUGGAAACCAGAAAUCUGGUUGAUCUGGAAAACGCGGUUUCAAAGCAUAAAUCGUUAUUCUCUUUAAAUUUCCUAGCAUCGGCUUUGGCCGCUCAAGGAGAGUUUGAAUCCGCUAUCCAAACAUGCAACGAAGGUCUUACCGGGGAAUUGGGGCCCGGUGCCACUGAGCUGGCAUUGUUGGCCGUACAAAUCUCCGUUUUGGACCCUCGCAAAGCAUCCAAGGGUGCUCAGAUCUUGCAAAACUACCUAGCAGCUACUGAAGACACAUAUGCCAAUGAAGACGAGAUCAUAAUCAAUUUGGCGGAGUCCUACGUGAACUUUGCGCUGGGACGCGAAGUUUCCGGCUCGAAUUUCUAUUUUUUCGAAGAACUAUCUCAAACGCUACCAUCUUGGAAAACGCAGCUGGCACUGUUGAGUUCGCAUUUGCAGCAGAGUAAUCUGCCUGAAGCUCAGGCCAUUGUAGACUUAUUGGAAUCCGAAUUCUACCAAACUCAGGCUGAAUCUGCCAAACUCUAUACAACUGAGCUGAUCGCCAACAAGAUCACGCUCGCUGCAAUGCAAGGUGAACAUGUCGACGAAUUGAGAGAAAAGCUUCUAGAAAUCAGCCCAAACCAUCCUCUAUCUCAGGAUUACAGGGCCAAUGAUGCUAAAUUUGAUGAAAUCGUUGCCAAAUACGCAUAA